AUGUAUAGUGCAAGACAAAAACUUCACGAACUUGCAAAAAGGUGUGGUAGAGAUCCUAAAGAUCUCCCUACGAUUUUUCAAAAUCCACAUAUUGUCACUCUUGUUUUCGAUUAUUUAAAAGAGAAAGACAGUGAAGAAAUGCCAGCACUUUUAUUUGAUUGGAAUGAUGCAGGAUUUAACGACACUGCUGUUCCAAAUUGCCGUAACGGCAUCGAAGGACAAACCAAAGCGUCUAUAAUUGCAAACCUUCUUGCAAAUGGUGCAACCAAUUAUAGGAAUCAGGAUAUAUUAUUUAUUUUUCCGAAUGGCCUCACAAUUGGGGAUUGGUACUGGAAUUUGGUGACAAAUUUACCUUGGGCGAAGCACCAAAAUGGUAUUCCCGAUAUCUGCAACCACUUUUUAAGAAUAAAUAAAAUUUCGGCACAUACAGGCAAUACAGAUAUCGAGAAUUCCUUGAGUGUCUUAUAUUGA